AAAGACAUGUUUUUGUUGUUGUGCAAUUUGGGGAAUCAGCCGAUGUUGUCGAGAGUUUAGGAAAAAUAGUCCUGAUUUAAAGUGUUUUUAUCAUUAUAUUGGAUAAUGAUAGAAAAUUCGGCAUAAGAAAUAACAAUGACUUCCACCAAAUUCAUAAUCUGUGCCAUGUGUGGUUUGCCAGCCUCGGGAAAGACAACUUUAUGCCGACUUCUCUCGGAGCUCGCGACCGUGAGAGGCAUCGCCGGCGCUGAGGGAGCGGGAGGAUGGCCAGGCACCGCCGAUGUUGUGCAUUUGUGUUACGAUAAAAUCAUUCCACAGAAUCUCGAUCCGACUGUCCAGCUCGUCUCAUCAAAUAACUCCCAAGUACAGCAACAUACUCUAUGGAAGGAAUACAGACGUCAGAUCAUUGAAUGUUUGGAUUUCAUCAUCGGAGAAGUAAUGCAGAAACAGAGGACGUUGCUUCAAGUCAUUACAAAUCUUCAAAUUGGCAAUGGUAUUCCUUCAAGUGAUGUCCAAGAUAUUUCAGCUGUACAGAGAGAAGUAUGGAUGAAGAUGGCUGAUUGUCUGUCAGGAGAAGCAGUUCAAGGAAAUGAUAAAGAACAUUGUGUCAUCAUCUUAAUUGAUGAUAACAUGUUUUACAGGAGUAUGAGAUACAACCUAUAUCAGCUUGCCCGCAAGUAUUCUACUGGAUUUUGUCAGAUUGGGUUUGAAUGCAGGACAGAUAUUGCCAUCAAAAGAAAUGCAAGGAGAAAGGAUAAAAUUCCUGAAGAAACAAUUGUUACCAUGGCAACCAGAAUAGAGCAACCUGAUGCAAGUAAAGCACCUUGGGAAGCAAACUCAAUCCUGAUUGAAGCUGAUGAAGAGUUUGACCACUUUAUUCUUGGAUCUGUAUGGAUGUUACUGCUCUCAUCGUUCCUCUCUCCUGCUCCGCCUCUUAUUGAAGAAGAUCUUGAAGCCAAGGAACAGAGCAGAGCUGAAUGUGCUUCUAGCCUCCUUCACCAGGCUGAUCAAGUUCUGAGAAAAUACAUUUCUCAAACUAUAACAUCAUCGAAAGAUGAACUAUCAAGUACUAAACUGAGAGACUUGGCUUCUGCUCUAAACCAAGGCAAGACAACAAUACUUGAUGAACUAAGGAAAGGUAGUCUUACUCCACCAGACCUUCCUGCUGAUGCAGAGUCAAGAGAAAACUUUAAUGAUUUUUUCAAAAACUGUUUAAGGGGCAAGACGGUGAAGUAAUUUCUAGAGAGGUCUAUAUGCGACACAUGCAUUGUAUUAUGUUAGCUUUCCUUGAUUCUGAUUUGCUGAGAGGCACUGCUCCUAUGGUAACUGUCAGAUAAAACAGGACUUGUCAGAUAAAAUGUCUGACAAGUCCUUUCAUGAAAUUCUCCCCUGGACUACUUAAACAGUGUCAGGUUGGUGGUCCAUACGUGUGAUUGCUAAAUAUAUACCAUAUGCUUAUUUCUUUUAAUGAAAAGGUAUAGGUAUGAAUACCAGUCUCCUGCACAUAAAUCUUUUAGAGCCCCCCCCCCCCACUACUGUUUAAUCAGAUUGCUCUGGUGACAAUUGCUCCCCUAAAAAUUCCACACAUUAAUGGAAUGACCAACUUCAACCCUCGAUUUAACACUAUACCCUAUCCUAAACCUAACAUAAAACCCGGGGGGGGGGGGGGCACUCAGUAUAUAAUGCGUGGUGGGUAUGUGCUGUGGAGGGGACCCCCAUUUUUACACUCAAAUUUCUGUUCUAAGGCAUAGCAUUUUUAUCUUUUUUGAGAAAAAGAACAAAGAAAGCCGCUCCAAAGAAUAGCAUUUUCUUAUCUAGAAAAAAGAAAUCUGUUCCAAAGCUUUGCAAAUUUUUCGUUAUGCCGUUCUGUCAGCAUUGAUCCACUACAAUGAGCUGCAAUUUUGGUGAAAGCGGCUGCAGAUCACUGUGUCCGACCAUCGCCUCAUGCACGUAGGCCGUUCCAUAGGGAUGAUGCAUACGCACUGACACGCAGGCGACCCGUUCCAAGGACCCUUGUUUUCAUAGUUCCGAAGCCUGUUCCGAGGACCCUCCUUUUUACAAUAAGCCUGCUCCAAAGCCCCCGUUUUUUGUCUCGCCUGUGGCACAUACCUGCCACUUUUUUUGUGGAGUAAUUAAUAUAACCAUUAUCGCCAAAUUAGUCAAAUUUUGGCACGUCCCAGAGCUUAACGCCAAAGAUACUACAAGGGGAGAUUGGACACUUCGGCUAUUUUUUGAAACGCUUGAUUUCGCUAAUGGGUAAGGGCGUCCAAUAGCGUUGAGUAAGUAAACCAUCGCACAUCGGCAAGUGGCUAUGUAUCGGCACGGGGCUGUGGGGAAAAUAAGAGAGGGAAUUUAGAGAGGGCUCAAGCAGCAGCGCACGCUGAUAAUUCCACCUUUUCUGAACCGAAAAAUAUCUAGAAUAUAUUCAUUUCUAAUUUUAGACAGACAACUUUGAAGAAAAAAAUCUUAAGAUGUUGCGUACACAACCCAAAAUCGCAUUUCGCGAUACGAUAAUGUUGUUACUUACUCAGUGCUGUAGGGCGCUCUUCCUCGGAAUUUCAUUACACACUAUUGACUUUCCCGUCUUCCCCUUGUAGUGUCUUUGUUAACACAUCGCAAAUGCAUGGACCAGUUAAUUUGUGAUAUGGCCUUGUUUUGCAGUUUUUUAUUUCAAUAUUCUCCUUAAGGACGUUCCACAGUUAUGUUUGUGCGCAUCAUGGUCUGCGCAUAUUUUACACUUUGCGCGCUGACGUCACAAUGGAUGAACUUUUGAUUUAAUCAGCUGUAGGUAAUGUGAGCUGAUUUUUCUCCUUAUGUGCACUAACUGCAGAUCUGAUGUGUUAUUUCAUGAAGCUAAUAAACUGGAAAUAUUCCAUGGACCAUUUUUUUAUUCCUCUACAAUUUCAAAAUAGUUUCUUUGUAGUGCUGCAAAGUAUGAUGAAUAUGACCCCGAGUAUGAAUAAAUUAAAAAGUGGUUCGGAAUUUUUCCUCACAUAGAUACUGCUUUUGGCGCGUUUUAGGGUGUUUUAAGAAGCAAAUUUGCUCUAAUAAGAGUGCUGAUAGUUUGAAAACAAGCACAUGAACCCAUAUUUUUUAAUGUUUGCACUUCUUAGGUAUACCUUCCACUACAACUUUGCAAAGUUUGGUGAAAAUGACAUGGGUUUUGAAUAAAGUGUAGCAUUUCUUUUACUUCUCAAGUUUGUUAUUGAAAUUUUUGAGGUUGAGUAUCUUUCCCGCAAUUUCUAAGAACUGAGAGUGUUGUUAGACUUAAAUGAGCAAACAAUUGACAGCAAUAUAGAUAGAUUAUCCAUCUCACAGAUACAAUUAUUAAUCACAUUGCAAAAUUUGAUGAAAUUUUCAUGGAUUUUGACUGAGUAAUAUGGCUUUAAACUCAAUGGUGUGAUCUCGUGAGGUCUAAAAAUGCCAAAUUCUUUUGUAUGCGCAAUUCUUAAGAACAUCAUCCAUUUUGGGUUAACUUUUAAGCUCUAUAGCAAAUAAUCAAGCACAUGGACCCAUGUUAAUAUUUGCAUAUUUGGAAUAUUCAGGUGCUAAAGUAUCUAUGUGCAAUGUAUGAUAAAAAACGACAUGGAUUUUCAAUAUUUGGGAGCAAGACUGCGGAACCACUCGCAUUUUAGACAGUAUUAACAGAAUUUUGCUUGUUUUCAGCGCAUUUUUGGCUGUUUCAAGCCAACUCGCAAUACUUUGGACACUGAUAAUUUGAAAAUGAGCACAUGGACCCCAUAGUUUAAAUGUCUUAACUUCUUCAAAAUAUAUUUCUCUACAAAUCUAGAGAGUAUGAUGAAAAUGACAUGGAUUUUGAAUGUUUGGGAACAGGACUAAGGAACCAUUCGUAUUUUAGACAUUUUGGACGGUAUUAGACUUUUGCCAGUUUUAGGCUCAUUAUAGACUGUUUCAAGCCAACUCGCAACAUUUUGGACACUGAUAGUUAAAAAACGAGCACAUGGACCCCAUAAUUUUAAUAUUUUAACGUCUUUAGAAUAUACUCCUCUACAAAUCUAGAGAGUAUGAUGAAAAUGACAUGGAUUUUGAAUGUUUGGGAGCAGAAAUACGGAACCAUUCGUAUUUUAGACAUUUGGACGGUAUUAUCAGACUUUUACUUGUUUUCGGCGCAUUUUGGGCUGUUUCAAGCCAAUUCGCAACAGUUUAGACACUAAUAGCUUAAAAACGAGCACAUGGACCCCAUAUUUUUAAUACUUUAAUGCCUUUAGAAUAUAUUCCUCUACAAAUCUAGAGAGUAUGAUGAAAAUGACAUGGAUUUUGAAUGUUUGGGAGCGAAAUAUGGAACCAUUUGCAUUUUAGAGGGUAUUAAGAGACUUUUGCAUGUUUUCGGCGCUUUUCAAGCCAACUUGCAACAGUUGGGACACCAAUAGUUUAAAAACAAGCACAUGGACCCCAUAUUUUCAAUAUUUUAAUGUCUUCAAAAUAUAUCCUUCACAAAUCUAUGAUGAAAAUGAUAUGGAUUUUGAAUGCUUGGGGGUAAAACUACGGAACCAUUCGCAUUUUAGACGGCAUUAUUAGACUUAUGCACGUUUUGGGCGCAUUUUGGGCGAUUUUCAUGCCAACUCGCAUCACUUUGGACACUCAUAGUUAAAAAACGAGCACAUGGACCCCAUAUUUUUAACUUCCCUACACCUUUGAUAUGCAUUCCUCUACAAUUUAGCCGAAUUUGAUGAAAAUGACAUGGAUUUUGAAAAAAGUGCAGCUUACAAAAUACUUUUUUGAUUUUGAGUAGAUUCACGUCUUUGAAGAUUUGUUUUUCCGAGUUUUUGCACCAUUCUUGACAAAUGAGGGCGCUGCUGACUCCAAGUAGAUAUAGUUUUACUAAUUAAAAGACUUUCUUUAACUUUGGUAUACACUUUGUUAUAUAUCUUGAAAAUUUGAUGAAGUUUGAUGCGGUAUCUACUGAGUAAAGAAGAUUUAAACUCAUUUGGUGAAUUCGCGAGGUCUAAGAGAGGCAUAAUUCUCUUGAUUGCGCAAGAUUGCAUAUCAUUCAAAUACGGCGACUUUGAAGACCCGUAGAAAAAAAAUAAGCACAUGAACCUAUGUUAUUUUUGGCAUUUUCAUAAUGCAUCUAUACCAAAGUAACUCUCUGCAAAAUUUUGUGAAAAUGAGAUGGAUUUCAUUUUAACUGUGGAACGUCCUUAAGGAGCAAAAGAUGGCACUUGCCAGCUUUCAACUACUUUAACUAGAAUUAGUUUCUGACAGUCAUAAUAUCAGUCAGUCAUUAAUUCUUUUACUGAAUACUGUCUGCUGUCAGUGAUGUCUUAUUGAGCAGACACACCAUCUAUAGAUGCUCAUGGCGCUAGGCGCAGCAACAGUGUUUUAUAUGAGAUAAGAAAGGGAAAAUAUUAUAUUCUGCUUCAUGCAUGCUCAUAUUCCUAAACUUGAAACAUGAGCAUUGAAGAAAUUCAAGAUUAUGAAAUUGGAAAUUAUUGGUGUAUAUAUUUUCAUUCUCUUAUUUGGAGAUGCCUUGCUGAGUCAGAUAUGAUCAUAUUUAAAUAAAUUGAAUAAGUAACAGUUAAUUUCAAUCAUUAUCAAGUAACCUUUUUAGUGCAGGGAAAAUAUAUUUACGUAGAUGAAACGGUGUAGAGACUCAUUUCAAUGAAACAUAUCUUAAUCAGUGGCUUGUUAUGGUACCAUGGUGUAUGUUUAUAAAUAAAUUAUUCCAUACCAGAUAAAAUCA